CAUAGAACCUCACUUAUAAGUCAGAGUCUUCCGGAAGAGAAGAGAAACCUGACAGAGUUUUUUUUAAGUAUCAAGACUUGAAGUAACCCAUGCACAUGGCGUCAGUAAGGUGCUCAUUCAGGUGGAUCAAACCCUUGGCCACAGAUCCCUGGUCACUUAUGUUCAUCCUCUUUUCUGUACAACAUGUAUAUGGGAGUGGAAAGAAGUUUGUGGGUCCUUGCGGAGGAAGAGAUUGCGCAGUGUGCCAGUGCUUUCCUGAAAAAGGGUCUCGGGGUCAGCCAGGACCUCCGGGGCCACAAGGUCCUAUUGGACACCUGGGAAUGCCAGGACCCAUUGGAAUUCCAGGAGAGAAAGGGAUGAGAGGUGACAGUGGUCCUCCUGGAGUGCCAGGUGACAAAGGUGAUAGGGGUCCAACUGGUGUUCCUGGAUUUCCAGGUUUGGAUGGUAUACCUGGGCACCCAGGACCUCCUGGAUCCAGAGGCAAGCCUGGCAUACAUGGCUAUAAUGGUUCACGAGGUGAUCCAGGGUUUCCAGGAGAAAGAGGAGUUCCUGGCCCAAGGGGCCCCCCAGGUCUUCCUGGGGAAAGUGGAGAAAAAGGAAACUCAGUGUUCAUUUUAGGUGCCAUUAAAGGUAUUCAGGGCGACAGAGGGGACCCAGGACCUCCUGGCUUGCCGGGAUUGAGGGGGGCAAGAGGACCGGCGGGCCCAAUGGGACAUCCAGGAGAGCCCGGGUUAGCUGGUGCUCCAGGCUAUCCUGGGAGACCGGGCUUGAAGGGUAAUCCUGGCGUGGGAGUCAAGGGGCAAGUGGGAGACCCGGGUGAAGUUGGCCAGCAAGGUUCUCCUGGACCCACCUUAUUGGUACAGCCACCUGAUUCUUGUCUGUAUAAGGGAGAAAAGGGCAUAAAAGGAAUGCCUGGUAUGACUGGACCUCCAGGACCACCGGGACCCAAGGGAGAACCUGGAAUUGGGGCAAAAGGAGAGAAGGGUAUCCCUGGGUUCUCAGGACCUCGGGGUGAUCCUGGUUCCCACGGAUCUCCAGGUUUUCCAGGAUUAAAGGGGGAACCAGGACUGUUUGGGGAGCCUGGAUCAUUUGGAUUUCUUGGCCCAAAGGGGGAUCCUGGAGACCGCGGGUACCCAGGACCGCCGGGGGUUUUGGUAACCCCACCUCUUCCACUCAAAGGCCCUCCUGGGGAUCCGGGGCGCCCUGGCCGCUAUGGAGAAAUGGGGUCUGUUGGACCACCUGGUCCCCCCGGCCCCUCCGGUCCACCAGGGGAAGCCUGUGCAGGCAUGAUGGGACCCCCUGGGCCAAGAGGGUUUCCUGGUCAUCCGGGAUUUCCAGGGGCAGCUGGUACCCCUGGGAUAGCUGAUUUCAGUCCAGGAAAGCCAGGGAAGCCAGGACCACCGGGGUUGCCUGGAGCCCCAGGGCUGCAGGGCCCUCCGGGAUCAGACGUUAUAUAUUGUAGUGUUGGGCACCCUGGACCACAAGGAAUAAAAGGCAAAAUGGGUCCUCCAGGAAGAAGAGGCUCAAAAGGAGAAAAAGGAGACGCGGGGCUCUGUGCCUGUGAGCCUGGUCCCAUGGGCCCACCUGGCCCUCCGGGGCUUCCUGGGAGGCAGGGUAGUAAGGGAGACUUGGGGCUCCCUGGGUGGCUUGGAGAGAAAGGUCACCCAGGCCCUCCUGGUGCAGAAGGAUCUCCAGGACCACCAGGAAAACAUGGUGUUUCAGGACCACCUGGCAGCAAAGGAGAAAAGGGCGAUGCGGUUGUAUCAAGAGUGAAAGGGCAGAAAGGAGAAAGAGGUCCUGAUGGGCUCCCAGGAUUUCCAGGACAGCAGGGACAACAUGGCGGGGAUGGACUUCCUGGAAAAAGGGGGGAUCCAGGCCCUCCAGGGGAUCAUGAAGAUGCACUCCCAGGUGAUAAAGGGUUUCCUGGACCCCCAGGUCCCCCCGGCAGAGCAGGACCUAGAGGACAACCAGGUCUGGGAUUUCCUGGCCCACCAGGAGAGAGAGGGCCACCAGGAGCUCCAGGCCACCCCGGUGAGAGGGGCCUCGAAGGCUUGAAGGGUCAGAAAGGCGAUACAAUUUCUUGUAACAUCACCUACCCUGGGAGGCCGGGUCCGCCAGGAAUUGAUGGACCUCCAGGACCCAAGGGAUUUCCAGGUCUUCGGGGCACUCCGGGGUUGAGGUGUUUCGAUGGGCAAAAAGGUCGGCGUGGCAAGCCAGGAAUAUCAGAAAUACUCGGUCCACCUGGUUUUCGUGGUGAUAUGGGCGAUCCGGGUUUUGGAGGUGAAAAGGGGUCCUCCUUUCUGGGGCCCCCAGGCUUCCCUGGUUCUCGUGGAGCAAGUGGUCAGAAAGGAGUCAUGGGAGACACUGCCUAUGGCCUACCAGGUGCUCCAGGAAGGAGAGGUCUUUCAGGAGUGCCAGGGUCAAAAGGUCACAGAGGUGAUCCAGGACAUCCAGGCUUUGAAGGGGCAGCUGGCAGGCCGGGAUUCCCAGGUCUUAAAGGCCCCAGAGGCAGAGAGGGAAGUGCUGGGUUUCCAGGAAUCCCAGGUCUACCUGCUCGUUCCUGCAAAGGAGGUGCCCCAGGGUUACCGGGGCAGCCGGGACUCCGAGGGGCUCCAGGCCACCCAGGUGCCCCAGGUUGGAAAGGACAGCAAGGGGACAUGGGGCCUCCUGGUCCAGCUGGAAUGAAGGGCCUCCCUGGAGUCCCGGGAUGGCCAGGGGCAGACGGUCCCCUAGGACCCCCAGGCAUCCCAGGCCCCUCAGGGGAUGACGGACUGCCUGGUCUUCCAGGCCCAAAGGGAUCCCAGGGUUUGCCUGGCUUCCCUGGUUUUCCGGGGGAAAGAGGAAAGCCUGGCCCCGAUGGACGUGCUGGCAGUAAGGGGGACCCAGGAGAAGACGGUCAGCCUGGCUUCCCUGGAGACCGGGGGAUGAAAGGUGCCAAAGGAGCGAGAGGACCCCCAGGAGAUGAAGGAGAGAUGGCUAUCAUUUCCCAAAAGGGGAAAACGGGGGAACCUGGACCUCCAGGAGAUGGUGGAUUCCCAGGAGAGGAAGGUGAUAAAGGCGAUCCUGGGAUGCAGGGGAGGAGAGGAGAGCCCGGAAGACACGGACCACCUGGAUUUCACAGAGGGGAGCCUGGUAGAACCGGGCAGCCAGGGCUUCCAGGCUCCCCAGGCCCCCCAGGCUUACCUGGUCCAAGAGGGAUUAUUGGUUUUCCGGGAUUUCCAGGUGACCAGGGUGAGCCGGGUUCUCCAGGGUCCCCAGGACUUUCGGGAAUUGAUGGAAUGAGAGGACCUAAAGGAGACAAAGGUGACCCUGCAAGUCAGUUCGGCUUCCCUGGUCCAAAGGGUGAACCAGGUGGCCCUGGAUGUCCAGGACAUCCUGGAGUACCCGGCGAUCACGGCUUGCCUGGUGUUCAAGGCCCCACAGGACCACCAGGAAGGCCAGGAUUACCUGGUGCCUUUGGACCACCCGGGUGUCCAGGUACUCAAGGGGCGCCUGGGCUGCAGGGACCUCCAGGAGAAACGGGGGAUCCUGGGCCAAGAGGCAUGGUGGGAGAUCCAGGGGCACCGGGGCUCCCAGGAAUAAAAGGUCCCUCCGGGGCGCCCGGUCUGAACGGCUUGCAUGGUUUAAAGGGUCAGAAAGGAGCCAAAGGUGCUUCAGGUUUACACGAAGUGGGCCCACCCGGUCCAGUGGGCACACCCGGGCUAAAAGGGGAGAUGGGAGACCCUGGGAGUCCGGGAAUUUCUCCCCCAGGCCCUUCUGGAGGAAGAGGUCCCCCCGGCCCCCCAGGGGGACCUGGAUUACCCGGUCCAGCAGGUGCCACAGGAAGAGCUCCUGAAGGGGACAUUCCUGACCCAGGUCCACCCGGAGAUCAGGGACCUCCUGGCCCCGACGGUCCAAGAGGAGCGCCUGGGCCCCCAGGCCUCCCUGGCAGUGUCGACCUUCUGAAAGGGGAACCAGGAGACUGUGGUCUGCCAGGACCUCCAGGUCCCCCAGGCCCACCCGGCCCUCCAGGACGCAAAGGCUUCCCAGGAUGUGAUGGAAAAGAUGGCCAGAAAGGACCAAUGGGGUUCCCAGGGCUGCAGGGGCCACAAGGACUUCCUGGCUCCCCCGGGGAGAAGGGUUUACCUGGCAUUCCAGGCAGACGAGGGCACCCCGGUCUUCCAGGCUCCAGAGGAGAACCAGGGCCGCCUGCCGAUGUGGAGUCCUGCCCUCGAAUCCCCGGGCUUCCCGGGGUACCAGGCCCGAGAGGACCAGAAGGAACCAUGGGGGUCCCUGGAGUGAGAGGGCCCCCGGGACCAGGGUGCAAAGGAGAGUCUGGGCCGGAUGGCAGACGGGGCAAGGAUGGCCUUCCAGGGCCCCCUGGGCCUCCUGGAAGCAAAGGGGACGCGGGAGAAGCCGGCUGCCCUGGAGCACCAGGCCCUCCUGGGCCCAUUGGGGACCCUGGGCCCAAAGGGUUUGGUCCUGGAUACCUCAGCGGCUUCCUCCUGGUUCUCCACAGUCAGACGGACAGAGAACCUGCCUGCCCUGCGGGCAUGCCCCAGCUCUGGACGGGCUACAGCCUCUUAUACCUGGAAGGACAGGAGAAGGCUCACAGUCAAGACCUUGGGCUGGCAGGGUCUUGCCUUCCCGUGUUCAGCACGCUGCCGUUCACCUAUUGCAACAUCCACCAAGUGUGCCACUACGGCCGGAGGAACGACCGGUCCUACUGGCUGGCGAGUGCCGCGCCGCUGCCCAUGACCCCGCUGUCGGAGGAGGAGAUCCGCCCAUACAUCAGCCGCUGUGCGGUGUGCGAGGCCCCGGCGCCCGUGGUGGCGCUGCACAGCCAGGACCAGUCCAUCCCCCCGUGCCCGCGGACCUGGAGGAGCCUGUGGAUCGGGUACUCGUUCCUGAUGCACACGGGGGCCGGGGACCAGGGAGGAGGGCAGGCCCUCAUGUCCCCUGGCAGCUGUCUGGAAGAUUUCCGAGCCGCGCCGUUCCUCGAAUGCCAAGGCCGCCAGGGAACUUGCCACUUUUUUGCCAACAAGUAUAGCUUCUGGCUGACGACCGUGAGAGCCGACUUGCAGUUUUCGUCUGCACCGACACCGGACACCUUAAAGGAGAGCCAGGCCCAGCGCCAGAGGAUCAGCAGGUGCCAGGUGUGCAUGAAGUACAGCUAGAGAAGCAGCAGCUCGCCAGCAUGUCACCUGGGGAAACUUCCUGGGGGGCCUGGGGGUGCCCAGGCUGUGCUGAGACAUUCAUGGUGCUCAUUUCAGACUCCAGUUUCCGCGGUCCCUUCCCUUUCCAUGAGGUUAUCCCCACCGUCCUCUCAUCCCUUCCUCUGUUCAGGACAAGAUUAAGCAAAUGUUCUUCUUACGGAUUUAUUUGCACCUACCAAUUUAGAUGAAACCCAGAUAUUCUUAUGUUUUUGAGGAUGAUGGAAGAGCUGGCUUUAUUUAAAACGAUGCUAAUUCACAGGAAGGCAAAGAGAUGAUAAAGGCCAGAUUACAAAUUACAUUACUGAAAACUUCGCUCAUUGGGUAUAGCAUCUCAAACAAUUGAAGUCAAUUACUCUAUAAUAGGGUGGGCUUCUGGACGGAUUUUAUAGGAAAAAAAA